GUUGAAUUCACUCAGUUUUACCCACAAGCAGGAUGGGUGGAACACGACCCAAUGGAGAUUGUAGAGAGUGUGAGGAUCUGUAUGGCAAAGGCUCUUGAUAAGGCUACUGCUGAUGGACAUAACGUGGAUAGUGGACUCAAAGCUAUUGGGCUUACAAAUCAGCGAGAGACCACUGUUGUGUGGAGCAAAUCCACAGGGCUACCUCUUUACAACGCCAUUGUUUGGAUGGAUGUCCGUACGAGUUCUAUUUGCAGAAAAUUGGAGAAAGAAUUGCCAGGGGGACGGACUCAUUUUGUUGAGAGUUGUGGUUUGCCUAUAAGCACUUACUUCAGUGCAUUGAAGCUUUUGUGGCUGUUGGAUAAUGUGGAUGGGUUGAGUGAAGCUGUUAAAAAAGGGGAUGCCGUGUUUGGAACUAUAGACACCUGGUUAAUUUGGAACCUUACAGGAGGUGUGGAGAACGGUUUACAUGUCACUGAUGUCUCCAAUGCAUCGAGAACUAUGCUGAUGAAUCUUAAAACCCUUGACUGGGAUAAAUCCACACUUGACACCUUAGGAAUUCCUGCGAAUAUUUUGCCAAAAAUUAUUAGCAAUUCUGAGAUUAUUGGCAACAUUACUAAAGGAUGGCCAAUCACAGGAAUCCCUAUCGCGGGAUGUCUUGGUGAUCAACAUGCAGCAAUGGUUGGUCAAUCUUGCCGGAAAGGUGAGGCCAAAAGCACCUAUGGAACCGGAGCUUUCAUUCUUCUGAACACAGGUGAAGAGAUGAUUAAGUCAAAUCAUGGGCUGCUAAGCACAGUAGCCUACAAGCUGGGGCCAAAAGCACCUGUCAAUUAUGCUUUAGAAGGCUCCAUUGCCAUUGCUGGUGCUGCUGUUCAGUGGCUUAGGGACAGUCUUGGCAUUAUCAGCUCCGCUAACGAAAUCGAGGAUUUGGCAUCAAAAGUUACCUCAACCGGAGGAGUGUAUUUCGUUCCAGCAUUUAAUGGAUUGUUUGCUCCAUGGUGGCGUGAUGACGCUCGGGGGAUUUGUGUUGGUAUAACUAGAUUUACCAACAAGUCUCACAUUGCUCGGGCUGUACUUGAAAGCAUGUGCUUUCAGGUAAAAGAUGUGCUUGAUUCCAUGCACAAGGAUGCUGCACAGAAAAGUGAUGGUAAGACUGAAGGGACGGAAUUCUUACUCCGUGUAGAUGGUGGCGCUACAGUCAACAACCUUUUGAUGCAAAUUCAGGCUGACUUGUUGGGUAGUCCGGUUGUAAGACCAGCUGAUAUAGAAACAACAGCUCUUGGGGCAGCCUAUGCUGCUGGAUUAGCAGUUGGAGUCUAUACGCAGGAUGAGAUAUUUUCUUCAGGGGAAAAGAUGAAGAAAGCGACUACAUUCAAACCCGUGUUAGAAGAAGAAUUGAGGAAGAAGAAGGUGGAUUCUUGGUGCUUAGCUGUUUCAAGAUCGUUUGACCUGGCUGAUUUAUCUCUAUAA